AUGGAGCUUAUCGGCGUUUCUGUGCGUACUCUGCUCACUUGGAUGAUAAUUCUUGCAUCACGUUGUUUAGUAGAAGAGCCAUAUAUACUCCCUUUAUUGAUAAAUCAGGACUUCUCACACCGACCAUGCUGAAGGCGUCACUUGUUCUCGCUGCGAUAUGCCUUUCGACUUCGGCGUUGCCGACGUCUUCUGAUACCAGAUCUCAGUUGGUCGGAGGAAGUGAAUUCCAAGAGUUCAUUUUUGAGUUUUCAGGAUACUUACGGCCGCGCAGUUGAUUUCUCCUCGCAAGUCCCAGUUUCCCAACUGCAAUGCCUGAAGCAGAAUGGAUACAGCGUUGUAUUCCUUCGGUUUUUUUUUCAAUUUCAUUUUUUUUUGUUUUGAACAUUCACUGUCAGUAUUUCUAAACUUCAUGAGGAUUACUUUUUUAGAAUUGAAAAAGCGGUUUUUUUCUGGAUUUUACAUAACCUUUCUUGUACCAGUUACCCUUACUUAAAUACCUGGGUCAUUCUACUUUUUUGAAAGCUUCAAACUUCGAAAUAAGGUUCAGUAUUCAAAAUUUUAUGAAAAGGCAUAAGCAAUACUCAAAUAGAAUACGGAACUUGAGCUCACUAUGAUUUUUCAACUUCGAACUUAUUCCAGAGGUUUCGCGGCGGACGGCGAUGGUCACUACGACAUCAACGUCAUUGGAACUGCCCAUAACGCUGUCAGAAGUCAGCGCAAAACUUUCUUUCACAGAUCCUGCCUAUUUUAGUUCCUCUCGGUGUGGAAUUCUACAUGGAGCCUCAGCCAUCCUCGCUAACCAAGAACGCAACUCAGCAGUUCAACGAAAUGAUUGAAGCCCUCUUCCACUAUGGAAUCCACUUCCGAAGCUUCUGGCUCCAGGCUUGUUAGCUCCGAUUUCGCCAGUUGAUGUUAUUUAGGUCUCGACAAAAACACAGUCUACUUGGAAUGCCAGUCCUCAGUACAACAUCAACUUCAUCGAUGCUAUCUUAUCCAUUGCUCAGGUGAGUUGAAACCAGACGGAUACCUGUGAAUUGGAGCUUCAGCGAGACGGUUUCACCGUCGGAAUCUACACAAACCAGGACGAGUGGAAGCAGAUCACUAACAACUGGAUUCCAAACUACCCCAACCUUCCUUUGUGGUACUCGAGCGUGAAGGGCAACGGCGCUCAAGGAGAGACGUCGCCGGAUUACAACGAUUUCGUGCCUUUCGGACCUUUCACAGCUCCCACCGCCAAGCAGUUUGGUGUGGGCGAAUCCGACUGCCAGAUCGCCAACAACAGGUGAAAUGUUUGAAAUUCGAUUCCUUCAAAAACAAAUUCCAGAGAUAUCUACACUAACAAUGCCGCUACGCCUCUGGGCCUCGUUCAAAUUGGAGAGUCGAAAAAUGGAGUUUUCCAAGGAAACUGA